ACUAUGGUACCUUGUAUUGAACUAUUCAGACGUGUGCUGGUAGACUGAACCACUUUCAACCACACUUCUAAACUUGACAGAGUCCACAUUCAAAAUGCAAAACCAGGAUAGUCUCAACAAUAUGGUAAUAAACCUCCCAAAGAUAAAUAAUGAAGAGAGACAACAGUGGCUUGAAGAGUUGAAAGAAAAAGACAGAGUCAUCAGUUCAUUGAAAGAGGAAGCCAAGGCUUUCCAGGAGGAGCGGGAAAACCACACAAGGGUGAUCCAUGAGCUGAAGGAGGAACUGGAGUCCACCAAAGUGAGGGCCAUGGACUUGCAAAACAACCUUGAGAAUGAAAAAACGAGGGUUAAAAAAGUGAUGAAGCUCAACGAAGUCUGUAGAGAACGAUCAGAUUAUCGGGUGGCUGAUAUUUGCAGAUAUUAUGAGGAGAAGAUCAUAGAGGAGCAGCAGAUAGCCGAUGAUGAAAUGCAUUAUUUUAUUGAGAAACGAGACAAAAAAUGGAUUAAGCGGAUUGAGGAGAUCGAGGCUUCACAAAAAGACCAGGUGGGAGAUAUCUAUGGGUCAGCUAUGUUGUAUGAUUUGAAUAGUGAACUAAAGCAAGAAGUGAAAAUACUAAAGGACCUAUACACAAAGGAACGUUUGGAUAAGGUAAAAGCAGAAGAGGAGCUAAUAUACCUCCGAAGAGAAAACACUGGCCCGUCAGAAUGUGUGGAAGAUCUUCAACAUGAAGUUAAAGCCAUUGAACGUGAGAAACAGAGGAUGCUAGGGAUUAAGAACAGAGAAAUCAAUCAGUUACAGAAUCAGCUGGAUGAUCAGAAUCUAGAACACGAGGCAGAAAGGCAUGAGUACAUCACAGAAAUCAAUGAGCGGAAAAGAUUCGCUGACAUCAUUCAAAAUGAGAUCGCAGAUUUAAGACUGCAGAUUGUUCAGGUGAAUGACCUAAAAGAUCAGUUGGCGAAGAAAAAGGCAACCCGAACACCCCAUGAACUUUUUUCUGUGGAUUACCAAAGAGAACAGGAGGAGGAGUCAGAAACUGAAGAUGAGACUGCUCCAGUCCCCCAAGGAAAAACUGAUCGUACUCCAUCAGUGCAUCCUAGUGACAUUAACACUGCAUCCUGUUCACUAAACACCAUAGCCAUAAGUGUGAAACCAUAUCAUUCUAAAAUUGAUGGUGGUUCCCCCCACCUAAAAGAUCAGUUGGAGAAGAAAAUGGUAACCCGACCACCCCAUGAAGUUUUUACUGUGGAGGAGGAGUCAGAAACUGAAGAUGAGACUGCUUCCGUGGAAACCUAUGAGUCGUUUAGAAAUAAUCAACCACAGGCAAAGAAAAAAGUAACCACAACACCCUAUGAACUUUUUUCUGUGGAUUACCAACCAAAACAGGAGGAGGAGUCAGAAACUGAAGAUGAGACUGCUCCAGUCCCCCAAGGAAAAACUGAUCGUACUCCAUCAGUGCAUCCUAGUGACAUUAACACUGCAUCCUGUUCACUAAACACCACAGCCAUAUGUGUGAAACCAUAUCAUUCUAAAAUUGAUGGUGGUUCCCCCCACCUAAAAGAUCAGUUGGAGAAGAAAAUGGUAACCCGACCACCCCAUGAAGUUUUUACUGUGGAGGAGGAGUCAGAAACUGAAGAUGAGACUGCUCCCGUGGAAACCUAUGAGUCGUUUAGAAAUAAUCAACCGCAGGCAGAGAAAAAAGUAACCACAACACCCUAUGAACUUUUUUCUGUGAAUUACCAACCAAAACAGGAGGAGGAGUCAGAAACUGAAGAUGAGACUGCUCCUGUGGAAACCUCUAAGUCGAUUGCACAGAGGGUGAGGUCGUUUUUUUCCAAAAGUAUCUUCAAAGGACAAAACAAAGUUGGACCCCAAGUGGAACCACUGUCCAUCCAACCGGAAGUCACAGAUGCACCAGUCCCCCAAGGAAAAACUGAUCGGACUCCAUCAGUGCAUCCUAGUGACAUUAACACUGCAUCCUGUUCACUAAACACCACAGCCAUAUGUGUGAAACCAUAUCAUUCUAAAAUUGAUGGUGGUUCCCCCCACCUAAAAGAUCAGUUGGAGAAGAAAAUGGUAACCCGACCACCCCAUGAAGUUUUUUCUGAGGAGGAGGAGUCAGAAACUGAAGAUGAGACUGCUUCAGUGGAAACCUAUGAGUCGUUUAGAAAUAAUCAACCGCAGGCAGAGAAAAAAGUAACCACAACACCCAAUGAACUUUUUUCUGUGAAUUACCAACCAAAACAGGAGGAGGAGUCAGAAACUGAAGAUGAGACUGCUCCUGUGGAAACCUCUAAGUCGUUUGCACAGAGGGUGAGGUCGUUUUUUUCCAAAAGUGUCUUCCCACGAUGUGACACAUUUGGACCAGAAGAGUAACCACCUUCCAUCCAACCGGAAGUCACAGAUGCACCAGUCCCCCAAAGAAAAACUGAUUGUACACCAACAGGCCCCCAAAAACUCUUCAAAGCCAAAAUCCACCAUCCUAGACCUCCAUAACCCCCUUAAAUCCUCAUCCCUGAACCCACAGAAACCAAAACCUCUUUCAAAGACUCAGUGAUCCAAACGUCUGAGUGAAGUCUUCUUCUCUCCAACGCUGUAGGGUUUUCACCGAGAACUUCGGUUUCCCCUUCAGUCCAUAAUUGUCAAACUCUAAUUUGCUUAUUCUAAUAAAAACCAUUAAAACGUAUUUACUGUU